AUGGUGAAAUUUCCAGCGCUCACUAACUACUGGCCCCUGAUCCGGUUCCUGGUCCCUCUCGGCAUCACCAACAUCGCCAUCGACUUCGGGGAGCAGGCCUUGAAUAGGGGCAUUGCUGCUGUCAAGGAAGAUGCUGUGGAAAUGUUGGCCAGCUAUGGGCUGGCAUACUCCCUGAUGAAGUUCUUCACGGGUCCGAUGAGCGACUUCAAAAAUGUAGGUCUGGUGUUUGUGAACAGCAAGAGAGACAGGACCAAAGCAGUUUUGUGCAUGGUUGUGGCUGGCGCUGUAGCUGCUGUAUUUCAUACUUUAAUAGCAUAUAGUGAUUUGGGGUAUUACAUUAUUAAUAAGCUGCACCAUGUGGAUGAAUCAGUGGGAAGUAAAACUCGGAGGGCCUUCCUUUAUCUUGCUGCCUUCCCUUUUAUGGAUGCCAUGGCAUGGACCCAUGCUGGAAUUCUGCUGAAACACAAAUACAGUUUCCUAGUGGGAUGUGCCUCCAUCUCAGAUGUCAUAGCUCAGGUUGUUUUUGUAGCCAUUUUGCUUCACAGUCACUUGGAGUGCAGGGAGCCUCUCUUGAUCCCAAUCUUGUCCUUAUACAUGGGAGCACUUGUCCGAUGUACCACGCUCUGCCUCGGAUACUACAGGAACAUACAUGAUGUUAUUCCUGACAGAAGUGGGCCUGAAAUGGGGGGAGAAGCUACAGUAAGGAAGAUGCUGAGUUUCUGGUGGCCUUUGGCAUUAAUUUUGGCAACUCAGCGAAUAAGUAGGCCCAUUGUCAACCUUUUUGUCUCCCGGGACCUAGGUGGCAGUUCUGCAGCCACAGAGGCAGUGGCAAUUUUGACAGCUACGUAUCCUGUGGGACACAUGCCCUAUGGCUGGCUGACAGAGAUCAGAGCUGUAUACCCUGCUUUUGACAAGAAUAACCCCAGCAAUAAACUGGUGAACACCAACAGCACCGUCACAGCAACACAUAUCAAGAAGUUCACCUUUGUUUGCAUGGCAUUGUCCUUAACGCUCUGUUUUGUGAUGUUUUGGACCCCAAACGUGUCAGAGAAGAUUUUAGUUGACAUAAUUGGAGUAGACUUCGCUUUCGCAGAGCUGUGUGUUGUUCCUUUGCGUAUCUUCUCCUUUUUUCCACUUCCAGUGACUGUCAGAGCACACUUGACUGGUUGGCUGAUGACUCUGAAGAAGACAUUUGUGUUGGCACCCAGCUCAGUGCUGCGGAUUAUUGUCCUCAUCACCAGUCUCAUCGUGCUGCCUUACUUAGGAGUUCAUGGAGCCACUCUUGGAGUAGGAUCCCUUCUCGCUGGUUUUGUAGGAGAAUCCACCAUGGUUGCAAUAGCGGCCUGUUAUGUCUAUAGGAAACAGAAAAAGAAGAGGAAUGAGAAUGAGACAGCUGCAGAAGGUGAAGACUCUGCAAUGACCGACAUGCCUCACACGGAGGAAAUGACAGACAUCGUAGAAAUGAGAGAAGAGAAUGAAUGAUAACUGGGAUGCAAUUGUUCUCUGAAGGGACAAUUGGAGUGACGCUUCAGCAUCUUGUCGUCUCUCAUACUUUUUUGUUUGUUCGUUUUUAUUUUUGUAAUAAAGAGGCCUUGAUUUAAAAGGUUUCAGAUAAAUUCUCUAGCAUACUGAGUAUGCUCUCACUGAUGAGGGACCUAAAAAGAGGUCUUUGCUUCUUUUUUUUUUUCUUUUUUUCCCAAUUGAAUUUUUUUUCUCACUCCGUGCAAGUAUAAAAGAUACAAUUGCAUCACUGUAGAGUCUUCCUUACUUAUGCAUCCACCUUCUCUGGACAAUCUGCAUUUGUCAACCAAAGCCCUGCUCCUGUGCGCCUGUGUGUGUGCGGACCUGCGCUCGCUCGGUCGCACAUGCACACCGCCACGUGCCACUGGCUCAAUGCUACUGCCAUAACCCCACUCCCUCCCCUCUCUCCUUUUCCUUCCUUUUCUUCAUGAGAAAUGGAAAAGAAGUUUGGAAUACAGAGAUUUAUUUUACUUGCUUGAAGAUGACUUUGCUACAUAAACUAAUAUACUAUGGUGAACUUUAUCUUUUUG